AACUUAAUAUUAAUAUUACCAAUUUAAUUUGAAGAAAUAUCUUUGGCGCCAAAAAAAACCCCUUUACAGCCCCGGCCGCCCACCUUUUUAAACAUAUCCCUGCGCCCGAUCAUACAGUCCCAUUAGUAACAAAAAUAAUAACAUUAAACUCAGUCUGCAGGGAAACUAUUCUGGAAAUAUUUAGUGGAAAUUUAAUUUAAGAUUUAAAAAAAACGACGACGACGAUAAAAAUCGCGAAUAAAAAGAAAAAAAAAUACAUAUUUUUUUUGCCCACAGUCCGUAUCCUUCCGCCGGACUUGCAAAGAGUCUCGCGACUCUCACAGUUUCCACUUCCGGUGUCGUGAGGCCGCCAUCUUUGAGCCUGUGCAAUAAAAAAAUAAUAUAAUAAAUAAAAUUAAAAAUAAUAAGUUAUUUUAAAAUUCACAAAAGGGAUAUACUCCGCUUUGAAGUCAGACGUCGCAGCCCAACGGCUUUCGCUCCCCGAGUUGUCGCGAUGUCGUUGGUGGAUUUGGGAAAGCGUUUGUUAGAAGCAGCUCGGAAAGGCCAGGACGAUGAAGUCAGAACGCUCAUGGCAAAUGGCGCUCCCUUCACGACAGACUGGCUAGGAACGUCUCCCCUCCAUCUAGCAGCUCAAUAUGGGCACUACUCCACAGCAGAGGUGCUGCUCAGAGCCGGUGUCAGUAGGGACGCCCGAACCAAAGUGGACCGGACCCCCUUACACAUGGCAGCGUCGGCGGGCCACUCUGGGAUCGUGGAGCUGCUGAUCAGGAACGGAGCAGACAUCAACGCCAAAGACAUGCUGAAGAUGACGGCUCUUCACUGGGCAGCCGAUCACGGGCACAGGGAGUCAGCCGAGCUGCUGGUGAAGUACGGGGCCGACGUUCACGUGCUGAGCAAAUUCGACAAGACCCCCUUCGACAUCUCUGCCGACAACCACAACACGGAGCUGAUGCUGCUGCUGCAGGACGGAAUGCAGAACCAGCUGGACUUGAACCCGGAUCGCUCGGUCCCGGUCAGCAAUGCCGUGACCCUCUCCACCCCGCAGUUCAUCUUCUCGUCGGGAGGGGUGCUGAACCUCUCCGAUCUCGUCUCCUCCGCCACCACAAAGACUACCUCAGGUGAAACGACAGUCUCUUCAACCUCUGUGCUGGCAACACUAGCAGCUCUGGCAGAAGCAUCAGGGCCAAUGUCAAAUUCAAACAGAUCAGGUGAGUCGGAGGAGGUGAUUACAGCCGACUCGGUGGAUUCCGCGAUACAGCAGAUGGUGAGCGGCGGAGGUCAGCGGGUCAUCACCAUAGUAACAGACCAGCACGGCAACCUGCAGACCAGCGGGCUCGGGCAGCAGUUCAUAGUGACCAUGCAGGACGGGCAGCAAGUGCUGACCCUCCCGGCCGGUCACAUCACGGAGGAGGAGGUGGUGGAGGAGGUCCAGCCCGUCCCGGCCAAGAAGAGGAGACUGGAAGCGGUGCUGAAUCACACGCCAAUCAACGACACGCUUCAGCCUCAGACAGAGGCCCAGAAAGACCGCUCGGAGAGGAAGGAGCUUCAGAAGCAGCUGCAUGCGGCGAACUGCCAGGCGCAGGAGUACCGACAGCAGCUCCUGAGGAAGGAGCAGGAGGCGGAACAGUACCGGCUCAAACUGGAGGCCAUGGUCCAGGUGCAGAGCAACGGGAACACAGCGGAGGGGAAGCGGGAGGAGGAGGAGGAGGAGGACGAGGAGGGGGCGGGGCUAGGGGUGCAGGAGGAGGAAGUGGUCACCGGCCUCCCCGAGGGAGCCAUCGUCAUCAAGGCAGAGGAGCUGGAACAGGAAGAGGAAGUGACGCUUUAGUUUCAUGGAAAGGAAGUUGUUGACUUUAGCAUCACUCCCUCCGCUAACAUCAAAAGGGACCCCGUUUUCUGCUUUGUAAACGGGAGAACAACCUGGAACAAAAAAAAAAAAAAAAAGUUCAGGAGGGAAAGAUGGAAGGGCCUUUUAAACCAGCCUCCUUAAAAAAAAUAAAAUGUAAAAAUCGCUUAUAACCACCACUGCAGACAUCUCUGGAGUCGGCCGACCCCGUGAUGACUGAAGCCUUGAUUAAGCCCCUGUCCAAUUUUGCACCAGCGUCCUGUUCCGAUUUCACAGUCUUGUUUGCCUUCCGUGUGUGUCUCCUUGUAGCUUCAUAAUGUGUCCAGUACCCUUCUACACUGGCUCCUCCCUUGAGAAACAAAUUAUUGUUAUUUAGCAGACGCUUUUAUCCAGAGCGACUUGGAGACUGGGGGGUGAACUCUGCAUCAUCAACAACUGCUGCAGAGUCACUUCCAACAGGACCUCGUUUUCUUUUACGUCUCAUCUGAAGGACGGAGCACAAGGAGGUUCAGUGACUUGCUCAGGGUCACACACACACAGGGAGUCAGUGGCUGAGCUGGGAUUUGAACCUCCUGGUAUCAAGCCCCCUUUAACCGCUGGACCCCCAAGCCUCUACUAACGCACACAUUCAUGUGUGGAAGGUAAAUGCUGAUGAGAAGGCCCUUUCGGAUUGAAGACACUGUUCUGUGCUUGUUUGGAUUCAGAUGUGGAUGGGGAUGGUUAAUUUGAAGGGGUUUAUGCAGUACAGAGGAGGUGAGACUACAGUACUAUUACUGCAGUGUGUGGCUGCAGAUCUAUGCAGUGCUACAGUAGCCUGUGGCGUGUGUUUUUUUUAUUUCAAACCUCAGGACCCAACUCUCAUCGUUUCACAGCUGUGAUGAAAACAUCAAGAAGAUGAUUUUAAAACUGAAGGUAGGGUAAAAAAAAAUCAAACCUUUUUUUUCAAUGUGAAAAAACAAACAAACACUGAAACCAUUUUUUUUUCUGUUUUUCACGGUUUGACGUGAAUAUUUUGGAGAGGUUAAAAAAAAGUUUUUUUUAUUUUUUAAUACAGACUUUACAGAUACAAACUUAUGUGAUUUAUAAUUUUUUUUGGGGGGGGGGGGGUUGUAAUAUUUUGUAAUCAUUUUAAGACUGGGCAACUUGCUUUAUAAUGUCAAGAUGGAUGCUUUCAGUUUGACCUUUCAAUUACUGGGUUGCAGUUGCUUAAAUGGACCAGCAGGUGGCACUACACAUUAAUAAAGGGCAAAGCUGGUUUUCAUUGAAGUUACAUUGAAGACGCGAGAUCUUUUGAAGGCGCAGUGAAAAAAAAAUAUAUAAAAAAAAUUAUAUAUAUAUAUAUAUAAUUUUUUUUUUUUUCUUUAAUCUGAGCAAAACACUAUCAGGGAUCGUCUUCCAGACUUUUUUUUUUAUCAAAAAAAUUAAAUAAAAAAAAAAACAAUGCAAAAUGUUUCAAAUGUAAAAUACCAGUUUUGUAAGAAAAUGUAAAACUUUGUACUUUUUUUUUUUUUUUUUUUAAAACAAUAUUUUUUUUUUUAGAUGACAAAUAAAUAUGCAUUCAUUCUCAUAAAAACAAAACAAACCAAAAAAAAA